AUGACAAAGAAUAGUUAUCGUUACUAUUUACCGAUCUUUAGAGAUAUUAUUUGUAAGGAAAAUCAUAAACAUGAUUCAGUAGUUUGUCGGUACAAUGACUUCACAAUUCUAACGACAGUUCUUAAUAUGUUAUUUAAAUAUGAUAAUGGUGAUUUAAAAAACCGAAAUGAGAUACAACCAAGUGACGAACAACUACGACAAUUGAAAUCAACGUUUAUCGAUUUCAUCACUAACUUGGAACCGGAAUCAGAAAAAUAUGAAACUAUUAUCCCGUAUAACGAUAGUAUAUAUCAAUCAAAUAUUAUGAAUUAUUUGAAAUCAUUUUGUAAUCACAAUGAUCUCUAUCGACUUUUCUGGCUCACUUGGAAACAUUGCAGAACCGAGUCUGCAAGAUAUUUCUUCCCUGUAUAUUCUAAAUUGAAUGAUUGCUUCAAUAUCGAACAAGAGGUUGUUGAUUUGAUCAAUAGUGGUUGUACCGAACUUGCAACUCAUACAAUACCAAUCCCUCAACUUGUAGCAGCAGUGGUCAAUUCAAAUCCUGCUAGAAUAUCAGAGUUGUCACACCAUCAUAUUGAUGUCUUCAAUUAUUUAAACGGUGAUUGGAAAUUUGGAUUUGGAUUUGGUUCCCAUAUGAAAAUCUUUAAUUUAUUCAAAGAGUAUUUCGAAAGAGAUAAAGAUAAAUUCGAUUGUCAAAGGCUAAAGUCAAAACUAAAACAAAUGAAUUCACCUUCCUCCAUUGGUUUUAAAGCAGAUUUCGAAUAUUUGUAUUCAAGUUUCAGCAGCUUCAUUCCUUCAAAGAUAGAGCUAUUCUUAUUGAUAAGUUCGACUAUUGAGAUCGAUUCUGCAGUCAAAGUAGCAUCUAUAUUUGAAGAUAGCGAUUUACUAUCGGAUGAUUUUGUUUUGGCAUUUGAUCAAGUAACUGACAAACCAAGAACUAUCAAGAUGCUCUAUUUUAUAGAGAUCUACAAGUCAAGAUCAUUGGCAUUACCAAAGAAUAUAUAUUCAAUUAUGUAUUCAUUUUGCACCACACUUCAAUUGUAUGGAGAAUCAUUAGAACCAACUCAUCAACUAUUAGCAUUGGAAUCAUUUUUAUAUCUCUAUGGCAUCAACCAUGACAAUAUACUUUUAUCAAAAUUAUUCAAAAUGCUCAUGGCAUUUAAUUCAUUACCAAAAGAAACAGUCAUUUCAGUUUUUAAAUCAUUCCAACUACUCUUUGCAAGGAUCUUCUUAAGUCUAUUUAGUGGAGAUAAGGUAGCUGACAACUUUUCAUUCUUGAAAACACUUGCUCCACACAUUUCACUUGAUAUCUUUGUAAAAGAGCACUCGUUGCUAUAUCUCAAUUCAUAUUGGAUAGAGUUUAUAAUGUUGACAGAAUCACCGAGAGCAAUAAUAAACAAGAUUAUGAAGAAUGCAGGAUUCUAUCAAUCGUACACUCUCAAUGAUACAAACAUCAAAUUGUUAUUGGAAACCGAUAAUAUUGAAUUCCUUUCAUUAUAUAUCGAAGUUUACUUUGAGCAUUUGUUUUCUGGACCAUGGAAUAUCUAUAGUUUUGAAAACAUUGUUGAAAAAGGACUCGAUAAACUUUUGGAAAGAGUUCAAAAUAUCAAACCAGAACUUCUCAGAGAAAUGUUCUACAAGAUACAACCGCUACCAUUCACCAAUAUCAUCGUUGCAUUAAAGGGUUUCGAUUGUUUACACAAAUACUUUCCUUCACAAUCGAUCGAGAAUAACACCAGCAAUGACAAUGUAUCACUUCCAAAACUUAAUACUCUGAUAUUGAAAGAAAUAUUUAGAUAUUUAAUUUUAGAUAAGAAUACAAACUCUCAAUCGAUUUUAUCCAAUCAAAUCGAUUACCAUUUCCCAAAGAAAAUCAACAUUGGCACCAAGUAUUGUUUGUUCAGAAAUCCACCCUUACAUUUGACUGCACUCGAAUUUAAAUGCGUACCUGAUGGUUUCAAACAAACAUGUCUUGACAAUCUUGUUUCAUAUUCUCUGAAGUUUGCAACUACGAAUUCUUUCAACAUGCGACUAAUCAAUGCAAAGAAUCUCAAACACAUAUCAUUCAUUGAAGUUGAAGACUACAACAUGAAUGGUUAUGGUAAGUUCCCCCAGUUCUCUAAUAAGAUAUUUUGUCAUAAUUAUUUUAUGGAGGAUUCUUGUGGAAAUACAAGAGACAAACCAUUCUCCUCCGAAGAAAUGGAGAAUCAUUUUAUGUCAAUAUUCCUCAAACACUUUGACAAUGAUCAGUUGGAAUCAAUACGUUUUGUAACUAGAAAAGAAUAUGAAGAUGAUGAAACACCUAAUACUCAAUCAAUGGUUCAUCUAUCACUCUUGAUAUUAUCGAAAUUCAAACAAAUGAAACCAAAUGUUCAAAUCAAAUGUAAUCUUUCAACUUGUGCUGCAAAUAGACUGAAUCUCGAUGGCCACGAUAUGAUAGAUGAAUUCGAAGACGUCUACCGACCAAUCGUAACUAAACUCAAACACCAUUACGAAUAUGAUGAUUUUAUAGUUCCAUAUAAAAAAUGGAGUAAUCUAACAAAGUUGGUGGUCAUUGAAGGAAAAGAUUUCUCAGAAUUGCUCGCAAAUUCACCUAAACUCUAUUAUAUCAAACUUCUCUAUAAAUAA